AGGGUCAUUGGUGUGUAGUUUCUUUCUGACUUUAUCGCCGUAAUGGCUACGCAUACGGCCUUGUGGCCGAAAAUGCAGACCCCAAGCUUUGGAUAGAAGUGCUACGCGCGUGAUCAAGAGACCGGUUUUUUUCAGGAGUAUCGAGAACGAUGUUCAUUUAUUGACUCAAGAGAAACGUCGCACAAAAUCAAGAGCAGUAGCGUAGAAAAAUAGAAAAUUUUGAUAAACUAUGCCAUCCUCGAGCCGAACCUCCUCGACUGGUCCGGCGCCGACUCGAUUUGACGAUACCAAACAGCAACGAUCUACUGUGGAUGCGAACGCAAGCAGCAUGAAGUUUUCUCCCCUCGCGCUUUUUCUCACCCUUGCCGCGGUGUAUCUGGUCUGCGAAGUGGUCUCUAAAAUCGGUUCUGCGUGGGCGACCCCCCGACUCCGCAGCGCGCAAACGCUACACAUAGUAGUCGGCCUGGAAUCGCUUUUGUUUUCCCUGCUGCUAGCUGCGUUUUUCGACUUGAAGCGGCUUCAUGCGGAGCGGCGGGGUCGAGGAGGUACCAAGCCGCAAAAAGAUACGGAACGCGUGCAAGACGAUGAACAAAAUAGGGAUCAUGAACAUCUUCACGAGCAGUCGAUUACGCGCUCCGGGGCCGCGACCGAGCCGAGAGACCAGGGUCGUGAGAACUACACCUCGGGGAAAAGCUGGCCGAUUUGCUGCGCCCCGGCAAAUACUGUAAAGACGGACCAUGCUGUUGACUCCGCCGAUCCCGAUGCCUCGCGAAACGCACCGUUGCAGCCGGAGCGGCGCGGGGGUGUAAGUGUGGUUCUGGUCGACAUCGAGCCUCGGCGGCUAUCUCUGCACACGCCGAGCUCAGUCGAUCGCGAUAACGCAGCAAACUGGUCUCCGGAAGAACAGCGCAUGGGCGAGAAAGAAGAUGCAGGGUUAUUGACUAGUUUAUUUUCCGAAGGGAACAAAGCACGAGGCGUUCCGAACAACACUACUGCGGGCGAACACGCGUGCAGUGCUUUGUUGGUAGACGGGACCACUAUCACUUCCGAACCGGGCAAGCAACAGCGCCUAACGGAAAUUCUCGUGGACGAUGACAUGGAAGUUCUGCUCGCGGGGACAGAAGUGGAAACCGAGGCGGAGCGGAUUCCGGAAAACCUUUCCGCCGGCCAGCAAGGAAGAUGCCAGACUGGUCAUCCGCAAACGCGACAGAGGCCAGAAGCGACCAACAGCCGCGAGGACAACGAGGCCGAAGAAGCUGCUUCUUCCCCGUACCUCCUCCGACAAUGUUUCAUGUGGAACGACGGGUUUUGGUUGUACAUGCCGGUGGCCAUCGCGUUUGCGGUCUUCAACGCGUUGGAAACGUUUCAACUGGUUUUGGUUCGCGGGAGCCCCGGCGUCCUGUCCGUGCUGAGCCGCUCGUCCUUCCUCCUUGUCAUGAUCGGGUCCGUGGUUUUCCUGAAGCGAAAAUUCACGAAAUGGCAGUACGUGUUCGCCGGCCUGGUUCUGCUCGGGAUUGUGUUGUUUCAAAUCAGCAACAUGACCAUCCACGACGGGCCGCGGGACGAGCAGAUGUUGUUGAAUAGUGGAGCAGGCAGAACUAGAAUAAAUGCCAGCAACAAGAACAGCGACAGCUUUCUCCGCAGACCACGCCGCUCGCACAGUCGAAACAAUCUCGCCGGGCUGCACCAAUCAUUCUCGUCUACUUCUGCGGAUGAACCAGAUGAAACUACUCCCCAACAGCAAUUCACAAUCGCGAUCGUUCUGGCGCUCGUGGCGUCCUGCAUCCUCGCUUUGGGCACGCUGUACCGCGAGAAGGGGCUGAAGAAAACCGCCGACUCCUGGUUUUUCGUGCAGAAAUUUCACAUUGAGGCGCCGGCGCUGGUCUUUUUGGCCCUGUUUCUGUUCGUCGUUCCGGAAAUCCUGUUCGCCUGGAAGCACGACGACCCGGAGUGGGAAAGGUUCCUCGUCAAGAAACUCCGUUGUCCGCGGAUUCGGUCCUGGGACGACCUGUUCCAGGGCUGGUACGACAAGGGGGACGAGGAUUUCGGCGCCUGGCGCAUCCACCUGUUCGCCCUCCUGACCGUCGCGACCCAGUGGUGCGGGGACCUGGUGGUGAAACGAAGGUCGACGGUGGUGCGGUUGUUGUUGAAGUUUUUAACCCCGAUUUUGGUCUACUACCUCGGCGACCGGCUCCUGUUCAAGAAGAACGUGCCGAACAACUGGCUGCAGGAGGUGGCGCUGCUGUUUUCCAGCCUGUUGUUGCUGGUUUCCGCCACCACUUUUGCGGUGCUCGGGGAGGCGGAAAAGCAGAACAAGGAAGACGCGCAUGGAAACGAGAUGCUCGGGGAGGAAAGCAAACCUUGCGACGAGGGAGUAGAGAGGCAUGAACUAAAUGAAGAAGAAUUAUCCGCACAGUGGCUCCUUCCGCAACUCCCGGACGAAAGUCGAGGGAGUGACCGCGAGGCACAGCAUGCCGGUGCUCUCACCGUUGAAGAGCUUGCCAAUUUGCCGAGGCCGCACCGCACUAGUGUGUAAAAUAGGGAUUUGAAAGGAAAAAGUACAGAUGUGAAUACUUAGGAUAAAAGUAUUUUGAAAGCGCAAAGUUAUGAAUUCAGAAAAGCGAAAUUUUCCGGUGCUCAUAGGAUCUGUCGGGCCAGAUGUACGCAGUGCGGUGAUUAAUAUUUCUCCAAGUUUCUAGUCUUGCGCUUCGUUUGUCGGAAAAAAACGCCCCGCAGCCGCUUGACAGGGAAAUCUAAUGAGUUGUCUCAAGUUCGAUUGAAAGUUUUUGUUUUGACAUUCGGCGCUUGCGCGCCGCGCGGUACAGGAGAUAGAAUAAAAGAACAAGGAAAGGAUGUAUCAGCCAUGCCGAAGUCAAGAAACAUUUAAGAGUUUUGGAUUUGACCGCAUUUUCUUUGCUCAAUCCAACUUGUUAGUCGCAGUUAAGUAAAAAUCAAGCAGGAACCUCCAGUCCUCCAUGUCUCUCCGCCAAUGGGCGGCCUGCUUUUGAUAUUAGCGCCACCCUAUGGUUCAAAACGAACACGUACUGCAGUAGGAUACAGUAUCACGCGAAGUACUUAUCUACGGGCAAAAUGCCACUAGAUGCAGUUCGUUGAUGGUGCUUAUCAAUUGUCAACUGGAAUGAAUCCUCGAGAGGUUAUGAUUGCUUCUGUCUACUUUGUCACAUCGCUCCCAGUAAGAGGUUACCUACGAACAAGAUUGAUAGCUCGCACGGUAGGCACAACUCGCCGUAAUUCAACAAAAUGCGAUAGAUAGUCCCGCUUUUGCGUCAGCGCGUGACAUGAUUGAAAAUGAAAUAUUGAUUAUUAAGAAAUUGCGACACUGCCGUCCCCAUCGAUCUCGUUACUGCCCAAUGCAGUAAAAACAU